GACUCUGUCACCCGGGCUGAGCAGAUGGACUUCAAGGACCAGCAAAACAACCCAAAGGCGACCCAGAAAAGUGACGACGAAGACGACGAGCACACACCGGUGUACCGAAAGCCUGCAAUGGCUAAGCCAGGCCGUCCCAAGGGUUCCAAGAACGAGAAGCCGCCGCCGCCGAAGAAGGGCAAGAAGGACUACGACGAGGACGACGAGAAGCCGCCGCCGCCGAAGAAGGGCAAGAAGGACUACGACAACGAAGAGGAGAAGCCGCCGCCGAAGAAGAAGGGCAAGAAGGACCUAGACGAGGACGAGGAGAAGCCGCCGCCGCCGAAGAAGAAGGGCAAGAAGGAGCACGACGAGGACGACGAGGAGAAGCCGCUGCCGCCGAAGAAGAAGGGCAAGAAGGACUACGACGAGGGCGGGGAGAAGCCGCUGCCGCCGAAGAAGAAGGGCAAGAAGGACGACGACAACGACGAGGAGAAGCCGCCGCCGAAGAAGGGCAAGAAGCAGCACGACGAGGACGAGGACGAGGAGAAGCCGCCGCCCAAGAAGGGCAAGAAGCAGCACGACGAGGACGGGGAGAAGCCGCCGCCGAAGAAGGGCAAGAAGGACCACAACCCGGACGACGAGGAGAAGCCGCCGCCGAAGAAGAAGGGCAAGAAGGACGACGACAACGACGAGGAGAAGCCGCCGCCGAAGAAGAAGGGCAAGAACACGCAGACCGAAGACGACGAGAAUCGAGUCAGGGGUACCUUCGCCGGCAGAAGAGAGCCACCGGAGGAAAGCAUUCGCCCCCGCCAUAUGUAUCUUGCCAUCCGGGAUGCCUUCAAUGAUAUCAUCAAGAGCAAGCUUCGGACCCCAAGCAAAUGGCAGGAGCAGUUUGUGUUUGAGCCCGAG